GCAGGAAAAGCGAGAAAGUGCGCCUUCCUGGGGGAUAAGGGAGGCCCUUUUUCACUGGGAUGGUUUUUAUGUGGGAAAGGCAGGUUUAGGGGAAGUGCGUGGGCCCGGGCCGUGUGUCAGAUAAAACAUGGGUACAGAGUAGUAGAAGGCAAUAGCAUAAACUUCGAGAAUGUGUGGAGGCCAGGGGUGCUGCAGAUGGAAGGAAAUAAUGAGGUUGAGGGCUUCUUAGUUAAAGGGGGGGCCUUUUGCAACCAGAUGGGAAGUUACAUACAAUUUGGUAGUUUCCCUGUCAGCCCCGUUGGCCAGGUUUCACUAGAUCCUUUGAAAGGUGACAUAGAAAGCGAGGCAACCUGUUCACUGUAGUAGAUUCUAACUUCCCAGAUACAGAAACCGUUGCUAUCAGCUGACUUUAUUACUCGACAUACACAAAGAUGAUUUUUUUUUCAUUCAUAGCAGCUUGCUUCCAAAAAGAAUUUGAGGUUGACAAGUAGUUUUAAAAAAGAGUGGACUAAAUUAAGUACUGUGUCUUCCCUCACGCAUUAAUACUGAUUGAGUUUUGUACUCCAGUCGGAAGUCCACUGUUGAAAAUUAAUAGCGCGUGUUGUGCUUCUGAAUGUGUUUGCGUGUUUUCUAAGUGGUGAUUUAUUGGGCCAUAUAGGUGUUUAAAAGACUGGUGAAUGACACUUUCUUAAGGAUCUUCUGUGCAUUUUAAAAUGUAAGAUCUACAGAAGAAUUAACCAGAAAUUUUUUGUUGUUGUUAGGUUUUGUUUUUAAUUUUGUGGUCCAUAAAUUGACUUUUACGCUCUUUCUGACUUGUAACUUAAAAUACCUUAAUUCAUUGUCUUUUCUACUUCCAAGCCAGUUGUGAAUUUAAUGUUUAUAAAACCCUUGGAUGGUUAUAGUGUAAUAGAGUUGUUUUGCAAUUUUAAGUCGACACAUAAAUUGUUAUAGUAGACUUAAAAGAAGGGUUGAGCACAGGAAAGACAAAGCAUGCCUCCAGUAGGACUUUCUUCAUCACAUAAGGUCAGAAUUUGUAUGUGCUAGAUAAAACUAGUUGAUUAUUCAGCAGUACCUACAGUGGGGGUAGAGGUGUGUAUGAACACACUCUCCUAAGUGAGAAGCCUCCCUACCUCAAUUCCAGAUUGUGUGUUUAUGUUAAUCCAAAGUGACUUCAGCAGCUUUAGGGAAUGCGUGCUUCCUCCUCCACCCAAUCCCUGCCAUUAAGAGUAUGUUGAACAUAUUUUGGAAAGGUUUAUUUGUACAUUCCAUAUUUUAUGGUCUAAUUAGCCCUUUGAAAUCAGUCAUAACUAUGCAAGAUGACGAUGGCAUAUCUGAAAUAGAAUUGAAAAUUGAGGAAAAAGUAACAGAAGAAGCUACAAAAGAACCUCCUGGCAUCUUGGACUCAUGUGAUUUAGCAAGAGAGAGACACAUCUCAAUUCAAAGGCAGCUUGCUGAUCUAGAGAAGUUGGCUUUUGUGAGUGAAGGGAAUUUUGACUCUGCCAGUUCAUUGAACUCAGAUAAUGUUGAUACAGGAAACAAACAGGCUUGUCCAUUGUGCCCUAAGGAAAAAUUUAGAGCUUGUAAUAGUCAUAAACUUCGUCGUCACCUUCAAAAUUUACACUGGAAAGUCUCAGUUGAAUUUGAAGGUUACAGGAUGUGUAUCUGUCACUUACCUUGUCGACCAGUAAAACCAAACGUUACUGGAGAACAGAUAUCCAGUAAAAUGGGCGCCCAUUAUCAUUGUAUCAUUUGUUCAGCAACAAUCACUCGAAGGACGGACAUGCUCGGACAUGUUAGGCGCCAUGUGAAUAAAGGAGAGACUAAAUCCAGGUAUAUUGUUGCUUCCGCUGCUAAACCACCUAAUGAAGUUCUGAAAGAGGCAGACACAGAUGUACAAGUUUGUCCUAACUGUUCUAUACCUCAGAAGACAGAUUCCUACUUUAAUCCCAAAAUGAAACUAAAUCGACAGCUAAUAUUCUGUACAUUGGCUGCUUUGGCUGAGGAGCGAAAACCUUUGGAAUGUCUAGAUGCCUUUGGAGCCACUGGGAUAAUGGGAUUACAGUGGGCAAAGCAUCUUGGCAAUGCAGUAAAGGUUACAAUUAAUGACUUGAAUGAAAACUCUGUGACAUUGAUUCAGGAAAACUGCCAUUUAAACAAAUUGAAAGUAGUGGUGGAUAGUAAGGAAAAGGAAGACGGCGAUAAUGUUCUUGAAGAAGGAGAGGAAAACCUUGCUAAUAUUAAGGUGACCAAAAUGGAUGCCAACGUACUGAUGCAUUUGAGAUCUUUUGACUUCAUACAUCUAGACCCUUUUGGAACAUCAGUGAACUAUCUAGAUUCUGCUUUCAGAAAUAUAAGAAACCUUGGCAUAGUUUCAGUGACUUCUACAGAUAUCAGUUCUUUAUAUGCAAAGGCGCAACAUGUUGCUCGGCGUCACUACGGCUGUAACAUUGUCCGAACCGAAUAUUACAAGGAACUAGCAGCCAGGAUUGUUGUAGCUGCAGUGGCAAGAGCUGCAGCCCGAUGUAACAAAGGCAUAGAAGUACUGUUUGCAGUGGCUCUGGAACAUUUUGUGUUGGUGGUUGUGAGAGUUUUGAGGGGGCCUACCUCAGCAGAUGAAACAGCCAGAAAGAUUCAGUACCUGAUCCAUUGUCAGUGGUGUGAAGAGAGAAUUUUUCAGAAGGAGGGUAAUAUGGUAGAAGAAAACCCAUAUAGACAGCUACCCUGUAACUGUCAUGGAAGCAUGCCUGGAAAGACAGCAAUAGAACUUGGACCUCUUUGGUCAAGUUCCCUUUUUAAUACUGGAUUCCUCAAAAGAAUGUUAUUUGAAUCUCUUCACUAUGGUUUAGAUGACGUUCAGACCCUAAUAAAGACAUUAAUCUUUGAAUCAGAGUGUACGCCUCAAAAUCAGUUUUCAGUUCAUACAUCUUCAAAUCUCAGCAAGCAAGAAGAAUAUGGUGUAUGUACUAAAACUACAGAUGAUACCACAACAGAUAAUUACAUUGCACAAGGAAAGAGAAGAAGUAAAGAAAUGAUCACAAAUUUAGCCAAGAGGCAAAAAGCUGAUACCACUACUGAACAUCCCCCCUUUUAUUACAAUAUCCACAGACACAGCAUUAAAGGAAUGAAUAUGCCAAAGUUAAAAAAGUUUUUGUGCUGUCUUUCUCAAGCAGGCUUUCGAGUAAGCCGAACUCAUUUUGACCCAAUGGGUGUUCGUACAGAUGCACCUCUGGUGCAAUUUAAAUCUAUUCUUUUAAAGUACAGCACCCCAACCUACACUGGAGGACAGUCAGAGAGCCAAGUCCAAUCAGCAUCUGAAGAUACAGUAGCUGACAGAGUUGAAAUCUCAGUGAAUGAUAAAGCAGAAGCAAGCAGCUGCAGAAGAUGGUAAAUGUAGAGAGGAGUUUAUUCUCAGAUGUCUGUGUAGAUGGCCUGCUAGUUCUCUAUGCCAACUGUAGUUCUUUUUCUAUACUUUCAAUUCAGUAGUUUAAAAAUAAAAACAGUGCUGUUUUCAUUCAGCAAAUUUGCAGUUUCUAACUUAGCUGGUUUGGGAGCUAUGCUUUCCAAUUUUUCUUAUUUUAAAGAAAACUUUAAAAAUUUUAAUGAAAACAUUUCAUAUAUAAAACCAAGUUUCUGAGUGAGAUCACCCUACUGUUUAAUAACUCAGAAAAUUUUCACAUGCAAAGUGUUUGGAAUUUUAUGUUAUAGAAGCCAUCUUUUACUAUUCUAUAUCACAUCUCUUCUUACGCUGAUUUAUUAUUUUUAUGUUUUUCUAUUUGUAGUAUACAAAAUAAUGCCAGAAGCCUUUUAAAUAUUAAAAUGACCCUGAGUAGAUAAUAAUAUUCUACCAGGUAACUUAAUAUUUCACAAUUACAUAGUUAAAAUAUGUUCCAAUUUUAGGAAGUCACACCUCUCUCUACAUUGAUCUUUUAAUUUAUUACUUUUUUUUAUCACUAGGUUUUGAGAAAUUAAAUACCUACCUGAUAGAAGUAAAUUUUUCUUAUAAGUUUAAGGUCUAGAUAAUUAAACUUCAGAGUAAGAUUUUGUCAGAGAACGUUGAGACUAUUGUUCUAAUUGUUAACACUGAAAUUCUGAAGAGGACAGACUUUGUAAUAAACAGGUUGGGUGAUCUCAAAUGCCUCACUUAAUGCACGUGCAACCUUCAUUCGCUUGAUUGUGCUACCUCUCAGAAGUAAAAGUUGUCACCUUAUGAAGUGAGUUGUUUUUUUGUUUGGUUUUGGUUUUGUAUGUGUGCGCACACGUGUUAAUUUCUUUUUGUAUAAGCAGCCCAGGCUAACAUGACUAUAAAAAUUAGUUGAAAAAAA